UAGGUCACUUUUUUUUAAAAAAAAUUUAUGACAGUUUACUGGUUUAGGUCUAGUUGUUGUUCGGUCAUGUAUGGCUCGGUUUUUGGCGGUGAGGUGCUGUGUUUUGCAGCAGACCUUGGCAUUCUCGAUAGCUUGUCGGGACUCGAAGACAGUGACGUGUUCCCACUACUCCAUGCGCACGUUACCCCACACCCUCUCAUCUUCAGCUUCACGCUCCUCUCUGUGUCACAGAGAGAGAGAGAGAGAGAUAAGAAGAAGGCAAGACCAACUCUUAAGAAAACCCAAACCCAGCUGUAUCCCCGUUAUGGUCAAAUCACCAUCCCACACGUUAAACCAAAAGGGCAAACCCGUAAUCUCUCAGCGCAACCCACAACGGCCCAUUUCUUCAUGGGUGAGAGUGCAGACUGUGAGCUAUCUCUCUCUCUCUCUCUCUCUUUCUCUCGCUCUCUCAACUUGGAACUUGCACAACAGGGACAGAAGAAAACCGGGUUUCUGCAAAACCGCUUUCCUUUUGUGGUACAGUGAUGCACGAAUUGUUAUCGUACGCCAGGGAGUGCAGUGUUCUCUUAACGAACGCAUCCCAAUAAUAAGGGACUGUGUAAAAGGUCAAGACCAAGUACUCUUACUACUGAAAAAAGGCGAAGAACAAGGCCCCUACCAAAUCACCACAAAAUCUCGGGCUCCUUUAGCGGGAGGAAGCAGCCAUGCACUUUCCGGUACCUACUCACACGUAGUGGUAGGUAGACCAGCGUAGUAAAUAGCGUUUGGGUCACCUGGAAUAAUAGGGGUUUAGAGGGCGGUGGCGAUCGAUUAGAUUUCUGGGAUUGGGAAUAGGGUUUUUUCAUGCAAAGGCAAAGGAGACCCAUGUGAGCAAAGAUGGAAAAGGGAUAAAUGGGUUGGAGGGAGUCUGGUGAGAAAAGAGGGAUAAGGUUUUGGAUUUUCUGUGUUGGAUUAUUAAUGUUUUUUUCUUCUUCAGGAAUCUCAGUCAAUCUAUUACAGCAAGAAAACAAACCAUAGGGAGAAGAGGUAGUUUGCAAGAGGGUAAAGAUUACUUCUUUUUUGGUGUAAGAAUCCAAGCUGUGGCUUUGGCCCUUCCCUAAUUAGCUAUACCUCUGGUGCUUGUCUUUAUCCAGAGGAGUCCCGAAGAGUCUGCAAACGAAAAACUAACAGACAAGCUAGCUAGCUAGUUUAAGAUUUGGGUCUUUUUUUUUUUACCUUCUCCUUCCAUGGCGAAUCGAUGGUGGGCUGGAAAUGUUGCGAUGGGAGCUCAUGACUCAAUCACCGCCUCGACACCACCGUCUCUUCAUCUUAGAAACUCUGAAGCCGAAGAGCACAACAACAACAACAACACACCCACCAACAGCAGCACCAGCAACCCAAACAACACUCCACCUCAGAAGCAGGACGACGACCAGGACAGCCGUGACAACGAUCGAGAAGUUGACAAUCAAGACCCUAGCUCCGGCGGCCCCGACAGCCUCGAGCCUGGCUCCAGCAACCGCCGGCCCAGAGGCCGUCCCCCCGGCUCGAAAAACAAGCCGAAACCGCCGAUAAUCAUCACCAAAGAGUCUCCCAACGCUCUCCGGAGCCAUGUCUUGGAAAUCAGCAGCGGCAGCGACAUCGUCGAGAGCAUUGCCACCUUCGCACAGCGCAGGCACAGAGGAGUCUCCGUCUUAAGCGGCAGCGGCAUUGUUUCUAACGUCACUCUCCGUCAGCCGGCCGCGCCGAGCGGGGUCAUAACGCUCCACGGAAGGUUCGAGAUUCUGUCCCUAAACGGUGCGUUUCUGCCUGCCCCGUCGCCGCCGGGGGCUAGUGGCCUGACCGUGUACUUGGGCGGCGGGCAGGGGCAGGUGGUUGGUGGGACUGUUGUUGGAGCUCUGUUGGCUUCCGGGCCGGUGAUGAUCAUUGCGGCGACGUUCACUAAUGCCACUUAUGAGAGACUGCCGCUUGAGGAUGAGAGCAAUGAAGGGAUGCAAUUGCAACAGCAACAGCAGCAGCAGCAAUCCGGUGUGAAUUCGGCAGGGACCGGAGGGAAUUCGGGUUCUCAGGGCUUGAGUGAUCAGCAGCAACAAGUGCCCAUUUACGCUUUGCCUCCGACUUUGCUUCCAAAUGGUCAGAUGCCCCCUGAUGUGUACUGGGGUCCUCCACCGCCUAGACCUCCGCCUGCUUACUGAGGAAGGAACAAGGGUAGAUGCUUGGUUUGAUCUUCACCGACUCUUUUUGGUUUUGUGCAAAAUGUCUCGGCAGCUUCUUUCUGUAGGCACAGCAAGCAAGGUUAGACUAGCUAUUUUGUUCAUUAUAUCUUUUGCUUGUGAAGCAACUCUUAAUAUUUAGCUUGUUUUUAGGUUUCGGAUUAGCUAGUUAUGAUGUUUUAAAAUCUAGUGGAUGUCUUUGUUCCUUGUUGUUUCGAUUCAUUUCUUGUGGAAGAAGACAAUCACGAUGGUGUAGUGUAGGCAAAGAAGAAGGUAUUAAUCAAGAAACGGGGGUUAGAGCUCUUAACAUUUCAUUGCAAGUUUUUGUGUGGAUGAACUUCUUCAUUAAUAUGUCUCCUUGCAUUGUAUAGUUUAAGUAGCAAAUGAUGCUUACCUAGAAAGCAUAGUGUUGGAGAGAGAAUUGAGGAGAGAGAAUGGUGGGGUUAUUUGAUCUUGCAACGUAAAUUAAAUUGGAUGUCAUUUCAACCAGAGUUUUUUGAAAGUUGAAUUCCAGAAUAAGUGCGUACUCUGACAGCAAUCACAGCAUUAUUGUAUGGUUCAUCUGUAUAGAAUUUUCCAGAACUGGGUAGCCCUAGGAGCAAGUUGGCUUUGUCUGUUUGAUGCUUGCCAGGCUUUAGGGUUCCUGGCUUUUAUGAUUUGAGGGGUGCUUCUUUGACCAAGUAUACAUAAUUGCAACUUGGUCUUUAAAAACUGUUUAAGAAUCACUUUUCAAAUUCCAUUAUAUGGAAUUGGACUCCACUUACCACUGUGGUAGCCCCAAAUCUACGUCAUUGUUCUAUAAUUCUAGAGAAUUUCCUUUGCAUAUUGACAUAUAGCUAGGAAACAAAAAUCUAAAUGGUAAUAGCUUAUUAAAUUGGUCUAGAUUGAAGCAGGAGGCAGAUCAUGUGGCCUAGAUUAGGCAUUUUGAACCUUAUGAUUAUAUGAGGUAAAACAUGGAGAGGGGCUUUAGCUGCAAUCGUGGUGAUAUUGGUUAGGGCAACACGGCAUUCAUUGAAUUACUUGGGUAGAGCAAGUUCUUCAGCAUUAAUUACAUGCUGUUUCUUCCUUUUCUUUAAAUGUUUUGGGACCAAUUAUUGUUGUUCAUCAGAAACAAGUACGUUGGAUCAUUGUUCUAAUUUAAUAGUUGCAAGCAUUUUAGUUGCAAGUUCAGAAUUUGGAUAUGAACUUUUAUUGCUGUACUCUCCUUUCUCUGCAAGUACAGUUCUUUCUUUAACCAAGUUGUGAAGAGAUAAUUGAAAGUAUUGUAGCAAAGUUCUGAAUAUAUUUCCAGUUUAUAGAUAAGACAUAAUAUAGAUACAACUACUAACCUAUGUUCCAAACCUUGGAUAUAUGUUGAUAUAUACCUAUGUUACAUUUAAGAGAGAACCAAUAAUUUCUUUGCCCAGGUCAUAGUUGUUGAAACUAGUAGUAGUUCCCCCACUUUGGAAACUGAUGUUGAAAAAAUACAGAAAGCUGAAGUGGCAGUUAUUAUCUUGAAAUUUUGGAGGUCUAGAUCUUUGACUUCUGCUGUUAGGUGUAAUGUUUGACAUUAAGAACAUAUAUAUGAAGCUGUUACUAUUAUUUCAAA